AUGGCAGCACAGAAGGUAUCAAGUCUCCUGGGAAGGCUUCUAGAAGCAGCUAACUUUGCAGCUUUGAAGCACAGGGACCAGCGCAGAAAGGACCCGUACAAGACUCCUUAUAUCAACCACCCUCUCGCAGUAGCACAUGUGCUGUGGAAGGAAGGAGGAGUGACGGACCUAGCGACGCUGCAGGCAGCUCUACUGCACGAUACUGUGGAGGACACGGCGACAGAGGAGGCAGAGCUGGAAGCACAGUUCGGGGACGAGGUGGCGGCCAUUGUGAAGGAGUGCAGCGACGACAAAAGCCUGGCCAAGUGGCAGAGAAAGAAGCACCAGAUCGAGGCCGCUCCUCGGAAGAGUCACAAGGCGAAGUUGGUGUCGCUGGCAGACAAGCUGCACAAUCUGCGAGACCUGGACAGCAGUACACCAUCUUCCUGGGACCAUGAGAGGACUCAGCUGUAUUUCACCUGGUCUGCUCAGGUCCGUCUCACUCUGUUUGCAGGCCUCUUCUCUAGAAUACCGAAUGACACAGCUUUAAAUAAGGAUGGAUAG